GCCCGCCGUCCCCAUGGUCCCAGAGCCGGGCCCCGCCAACACCAGCACCCCGGCCUGGGGGUCGGGGCCGCCGUCGGUCCCCGCAGGCAGCGGCUGGGUGGCGGCCGCGCUGUGCGUGGUCAUCGCGCUGACGGCGGUGGCCAACUCGCUGCUCAUAGCGCUCAUCUGCACGCAGCCGGCGCUGCGCAACACGUCCAACUUCUUCCUGGUGUCGCUCUUCACGUCGGACCUGAUGGUGGGGCUGGUGGUGAUGCCGCCGGCCAUGCUGAACGCGCUGUACGGGCGCUGGGUGCUGGCGCGCCGCCUCUGCCUGCUCUGGGCCGCCUUCGACGUGAUGUGCUGCAGCGCCUCCAUCCUCAACCUCUGCCUCAUCAGCCUGGACCGCUACCUGCUCAUCCUGUCGCCGCUGCGCUACAAGCUGCGCAUGACGCCCCCGCGUGCCCUGGCGCUAGUCCUGGGCGCCUGGGGCCUCGCCGCGCUGGCCUCCUUCCUGCCCCUGCUGCUGGGCUGGCAUGAGCUGGGCCGCGCGCGGGCACCCGACCCCGGCCAGUGCCGCCUGCUGGCCAGCCUGCCCUUCGUCCUCGUGGCGUCGGGCCUCACCUUCUUCCUGCCCUCGGGUGCUAUCUGCUUCACCUACUGCAGGAUCCUGCUGGCUGCCCGCAAGCAGGCCGUGCAGGUGGCCUGCCUCAGCACCGGCCUGGCCGGCCAGGCCUUGGAGACAUUGCAGGUACCCAGGACCCCACGCCCAGGGGUGGAGUCAGCUGACAGCAGGCGUCUGGCCACCAAGCACAGCAGGAAGGCCUUGAAGGCCAGCCUGACACUGGGCAUCCUGCUGGGCAUGUUCUUUGUGACCUGGUUGCCAUUCUUUGUGGCCAACAUAGCCCAGGCCGUAUGUGACUGCAUCUCCCCAGGCCUCUUCGAUGUCCUCACGUGGCUGGGCUAUUGUAACAGCACCAUGAACCCCAUCAUCUACCCACUCUUCAUGCGGGACUUCAAGCGGGCCCUGGGCAGGCUCCUGCCAUGCCCCAGCUGUCCCCAGGAACGCCAGGCCAGCCUCGCCUCACCCUCCAUGCGCACCUCACACAGUGGCGCCCGGCCCGGCCUGAGCCUGCAGCACGUGCUGCCACUGCCCCUGCCACCGGACUCAGAUUUGGACUCAGGCUCAGGUGGCUCCUCAGGCCUGCAGCUCACGGCCCAGCUGCUGCUGCCUGGAGAGGCCAUCCGGGAUCCCCCACUGCCUACCAGGGCCGCUGCUGUGGUCAACUUCUUUGACAUUGAUCCCAUGGAGCCCAAGCUGCAGCUGCAUCCACUUGGUUCUCCUAUGAACUGACCCUGGCUUGGAGCUGGCCGGCAGGGAGCUGCACUGGGUGGAACCAAGUCCUUGAGGCCAGGAGGCUGCAAUGUACCAGGGGGUACACUGAGUCAGUCCCUGCUGCUGCUCCAGGCCCCUAACCUGGAGGGUAAUAGCUGGCUCUGAUUAGUUUUCUACAGGCUGCACCAUUGUGGAGUGUAACUUGUGGUGUAUGUAGAGGAUGGCUGGAAGACUGGAUGUUGGGAGAAAGACCUCUUGGUUCAGAUGAGGGUGAAAACAAUCAUGUCCUCUGCCCAUUGCAUCAGGCUGGACAGGAGGGGAUGCCUCUGUCUGCAGACAUGGAUUAGUGCCACUCAGAACACAGUCCAUGAACCAUCAACAUUACCAUCACCUUCUGGGAGUUUGUUAAAAAUGCAUACCUCUGUUCCAUCCCCGACCUGCCAAAUCAGAGUUGCGUGUUGACAAGAUCCCCAGGUGAAUCAUGUGCAAACAGUGUGAGAUGUGCUGGCUUAGAUGAUCUUAACCCUGAGAAUGAUUUGCUAGCACAGAAAAGCACCUGAGCCUGGGAGUCAGGCAGGCAUGAAUUUGAAUCUCUGCUCUAUUCUCUAGCUCUGGGGUCUGGCAUAGGUUAUGCAAGCUCUCUUAGUCUCAGUUACCCCACGUGUAAAAUGGGGUAACAACGUCUACCUCGAGGGUUGUCUUGAGAAUUAGGACAAUGUGCGGAGGGCCCAGCACCCAGGAGGUGGUCAGUAAGUGGCACAUUGUCAUUAUCAUCC